GGGCCUGCGCUCAGGUUUCCAGCGGCCGCGGUUGCGGCGGGAGCCCCGGCUGGGGUCUGGUUUUUUGAAGGAGGUCUCAGGGGUGACUUGUCCCCCGGCUUCUGGAUACAUCAGGAGGAGAAGGUCCUUCCUUCAUCAGGCCAGAGAUGCCUCUCUUCGGGAACAUAUUCAGUCCGAAGAAGACGCCUCCUCGGAAGUCUGCGUCUCUCUCCAACCUGCAUGCUUUGGACCGUUCCACUCGCGAAAUAGAGCUGGGACUUGAAUAUGGAACCCCCACUAUGAACCUGGCGGGGCAAAACCUGAAGUUUGAAAAUGGCCAGUGGAUAGCAGACACUGGGAUUAGUGGCGGUGUGGAUCGGAGGGAGGCCCAGCGCCUCCGCAGGCGGAACCAGCAGUUGGAGGAAGAGAACAAUCUCUUGCGGUUGAAGGUGGACAUCCUGCUGGACAUGCUCUCAGAGACCACGGCCGAGUCCCACUUAAUGGAGAAGGAACUGGACGAACUGAAGAGCGUGGGCCGGAGGAGGAAGUGAAGGCCCACGGAGGAGCACCGUCGCCCAGGGGAGCGGGGGGUGGCUGAGCCAGCUGUUUUGUUUAGGCAGGCUGGUGCAUUUGGUCCCGGGAGAGCAUCAGCAGGCCCUGGCACCCUUGGGCUGGCAGGAGGGAGGGGACAUUGGAAACGGAGAUGCCAGACCAGGGCAGUCACUACAAUGGCACCCAGAUGCGCUCGCUGCCCAGGGCUGCCAGGCUGCAUGCAGGCCCCGGGGAGGUGCGGGAGAUGGUAAGCCUUUGCCAGAGACUUGCCACACGCGUGAGCAAACACCUGCACGUGUCCUCGAGUCACACCCCCCCCCCCCUGCUUCUCACCCCCUGUGCUGGUGUUUGGGGUGUGGCCC